UAAAUGUGAGCCCGUCGGUCACCAGGGGGCAUGCACAUAGUGGCGAUAAUAAUAAUAAUCACAAAAAUGCAUUUGAGGAAAGCCUCGCUGCUACGACGAGCCUCCAUCGCUGCUGCCGCUCCGCGCAAACACGGCCGCGGUGUGAUGGAGCUGUGCGCUUAAGAGCUUCAUGUGUCCGGCGGGACUGCCCCUGGCUUUUUUUUUUCUGGGGAAGAUCAUAUUGGAUCAUAUUGUUUGCAGGACGUUGUUCCUCCUGCAGCCCCCCCAGUCUAUCCCGACGUAGUUGUGAAUUGAACAUGGCGACUGUACCAGUAUAUUGCAUCUGCAGAUUACCUUACGACGUGACCCAGUUUAUGAUCGAGUGCGAUGCUUGCAAGGACUGGUUCCACGGCAGCUGUGUUGGGGUGGAUGAAGAUGAUGCUCCAGAUAUUGACAUUUAUCACUGUCCAAACUGCGAGAAGACCCACGGCAAAUCCACAUUGAAAAAGAAAAAGAACUGGAGCAAACAUGACACGGGGCAAAGCACGGAUAUCAAAGCUGUGCAGAACGGCAGUCAGGUGUUCAUCAAGGAGCUUCGCAGCAGAACCUUUCCCAGUGCCGACGACGUGGUGGUGAAGCUCGGCGGCAGUCAGCUGACGCUGGACUACCUGGAGGAGAACGGCUUCAAUGAACCCAUCCUGGUUCAGAAGAAAGACGGUUUGGGGGUGUCCAUGCCUGCCCCCACCUUCUACAUCAGCGAUGUGGAGAACUAUGUUGGUCCUGACGUCGGCGUGGACGUUGUCGACGUCACCAAACAGACCGACAGCAAGAUGAAGCUGAAAGAGUUUGUCGACUACUACUACAGCACAAACAGAAAGAAAGUGUUAAACGUCAUCAACCUGGAGUUCUCUGACACAAGGAUGAACAGCAUCGUGGAGAGUCCACAGAUCGUGCGGCGGCUGUCUUGGGUAGAAAACUACUGGCCUGAUGACGCUCUGCUCGGGAAGCCAAAAGUCACCAAAUACUGUCUGAUCUGCGUUAAAGACAGCUACACAGACUUCCACAUCGAGUGCGGCGGUGCCUCCGUCUGGUACCACGUCCUAAAGGGAGAGAAGAUCUUCUUCCUCAUCAAGCCCACCUCGGCCAACCUGUCGUUGUACGAGCGCUGGAGAUCGUCGUCCAAUCACACCGAAAUGUUCUUCGCUGACCAGGUGGACAAAUGUUACAAAUGCACCCUGAAGCAAGGCCAGACCCUGUUCAUCCCGUCAGGUUGGAUCAAUGCAAUACUUACUCCGGUCGACUGCCUGGCGUUCUCUGGACACUUUGUUCACAACCUGAGUGUGGAGAUGCAGAUGAGAGCGUAUGAAAUCGAGAAGCGGCUAAAGGUCAAAACUCUCACCCCUUUCCCCAACUUCGAGACGGCGUGCUGGUAUGUGGGACGACACCUCCUCGAGCGAUUCAAAGGUUUACAUAAAGCAAAUAAGCAACCAGCCCCAUACCUGAUACAUGGUGCCAAAAUCAUCAAUGGAGCGUUCAGAGCUUGGACUAAAAAACAGGCCCUCCUGGAACAUGAAGAUGAGCUUCCAGAGAACAUGAAACCAUCACAGCUCAUUAAGGAUCUUGCCAAAGAGAUCAGACUGUCAGAGAAUGCAACAAAAGCCAUUAAGAGCGAGCCCAGCAUUAAGGUACCAGUGGAGGAACCGCCAUCCACCCACUCCGAGCCCGAGGAGGACAUUUCCCCGGCACACGUCCCCUCGCCCAGCAGAGAGAAAUCCAGAAAGAAAGCUUCCAAACCCCCCAAGCCUCCAAAGCCGCCCAAACCCCCGAAGAUGCCCAAAGCCCCGAAGCCUCCGAAGAUGCCGAAGGUAAAGGAGGGAGGAAAGAAGAAGGCGAAGAAGACGAAAGAACUGUCUCCGCCUCCUAAACCCUCCAGCUUCGCAGCACUGGAGUCCCACGCGAAGGACAUCUUGAGUAAAAUGGACCAGCCGAAGAAGGCGAAGGCUGUUAAGAAUGUUCUAAGCAUGUCAGAGAAGGAAAUAUCAAAGCAGAACAACGUGGAGAAGUUUGAAAUCAGAGAGCAGAAUAAAAAUAAGACUGAAGCAAAAUGGAAGUAUAAGAACAGUAAACCAGAUUCCCUGCUGAAAAUGGAGGAGGAGUGCAAAUUUGACAGAACCCCGCUGUCAGGCAAUAAAGACAGAUUCAGCUUUACUAUGUCUCACAGGAAAAUGCCCAGCUCCAAGACGCUGAAACCUCAGACCAACUCAAGUGUUUUUGGAUCAUUACAAAACCUAAAAGAGGACAAAACCAAGCCAGUGAGAGACGAGUAUGAGUACGUCUCAGAUGAAGGGGAGCUGAAGAUUGACGAAUUCCCCAUCAGGCGGAAAAAGAACACGGUUAAGAGAGAUCUUUCCUUUUUGUCAGACAUCAGAGAACCCAUUCAACCAGCCAAAAAGCCAAAGUUCCAGCCCUUUGUGACCAAGACCAUGGACUCGUCAGAUGAAGAGACUCUGCACAUAGACACAGAGGCCAAACCUGAGGUGAAAAGUCGCAACUCUAAAGUGAAGAAAAAGGGCGGCAGCGCUGCAGGGAUUCUUGACCUGCUGCAGGCCAGCAAGCAAGUCGGUGGAAUUGACUACAGCGCCAACAGUCAGCCACCUGCAUCUCCCAGCACACAGGAGGCCAUUCAGGGCAUGCUGUCCAUGGCCAACCUGUCGUCUUCAGAGAGCUUGCAGCAGCCGUGGAGCAACAGCCAGUCCAAAAGCAAUAGCCAGUCGAAGAGCAACUCGCACAGCUCGCAGGCCAGCAAGAAGGCCGGCGGAGGGGCCGGCGGCGGCAACAACAGCAAGCGACCGACCAAACGUCUCCCGAAGAAGCCCAGAAAAAGCAGCAGUAUUGAGAGUCUGGAUUACGAUGACGACCAAGAUCACAUGGACGCAUGUUUCAAGGACUCGGAUUAUGUUUACCCCUCAUUGGAGUCCGAAGAGGAUAAUCCUGUUUUCAAAUCCAGAUCGAAAAAACGGAAAAGCAGCGACGACACUCCAUACAGCCCCACCGCUCGCGUAGGACCUUCAGUUCCUCGACAGGAGCGGCCGGCGAGAGAAGGAGCUCGCGUGGCCUCCAUAGAAACAGGCCUGGCAGCCGCCGCAGCAAAGCUUUCGCAUCAGGAGGAGCAACAGAAAACCAAGAAGAAGAAGAAAAGCACCAAAAAGAAGACAAUAGUAAUUGAGGAGCCCCCAAAAAUCUCUCAGGACAGUAGCUCGCCGGAGCACAAUCUGGACUCCCAGGACGGCAGCCUGACGGACCACGAGUUCAACACUGGAACGGUCAAGUCGCCGGGAGGCCCGCAGCCGAUGGCUCCGGGCGUUUUCCUCAGCCAGAGGCGGCCGUCCAUGUCCUCUCCCAACAACAGCACCAACUCCACGAGCACCAACAGCAGCAGCAUGGCGAAGUUGGACCGCGUGGGCUCAGCAGAUGCCAAAGCUAAGCGGCUAAAGAAAGGCAUGGCAACAGCCAAACAGAGACUCGGAAAGAUUUUAAAGAUCCAUCGAAAUGGAAAGCUCCUCCUGUAGCAUGCAGCAGACUGUUGUCGGACUGGAAAUUGAUGAGCUGGGUCCCAUCCCAACCUCACCCUCUGUUCACUGAUUAAAGCCAACGACGGGGAAAAGAAAAAAGAAAAAAAAAACUGAAACAAGAUGGGAGAAAAUCAUGCAUUUUUCAAUUUCUAAGAAGAACGUCACUCAAAUAGGUUUUUGCCUCUACUUAUACUUUAUAACUUUCAGAUAUUAAAGUGUACAGAACCUACUAUAAAUAUUUUUUAAGAGAACAUGUCUCAUUUUACUACAGCUGUCAGUUUAUCAGGGGUUGCUAAAAAACAUGAAGUAGAAGUACAUUGCAGUCAUUCCAAGAUUUGUGAAAGUAUCCCUUGCAUGUAUUCAGUUGCAUGUGCGCUUGGGUCGGGGGUUUUAAGGGUGGGGGGUAUUUCCUACUAGAUGGAUGCAGCUUAUCAUUGCCACGUCGGACUGAAAACGGAGGAAAAAAAUCCUCGAUUUCUUUUCUUUCCGAGCCGAGACGUAUCACAAGGUUCCGAUCAACUCGAGCAUUUAUCUCUUUGCGUUAACACUUUUUGCAGAGCACUAUCAAGCGGGGUGGAUAUUUAUUUAUUUGUGUCGUAGAUUAGGAAAACGAGGAGCAACUGUAAAGCACAAAAUCCAAGCAUCGGCGUCCGGAUGUUUGUCACGCAUAGGACGAGGUGAAACGGAGGGCCUGCAACGCCAGGAUCUGGCUGAUUGGACGGGAGAAUCAUAGGAUUUCUGACACUACGUGGGAGCCAAUGAUAAGCCUCAUCCAUGGCAGGUCUGCAGUUACAUGGGGAUACUUUCUCUCUUCUUUUGCUUUCGCAGGCAGCACCGACAACCUAGACUCAUCUCUGCGUUUUUACGGCUUCACACAGUAACAGUAUAUAGAAUGUAGCUUGUACAUAGCCUUUUAAAUUACUACUUUUUGUAUCCUUUCCCCCCCUUAAGGCUUAAUUCUACAUUUUUACCGGUUUUUGCUAAUUAUGAAUAAAUGAAUAAAAAAAUAUAUAUAUAUGAAUAUACAGUAUAGUCCUAAUUUUUAACCUUUAUUUUAUUUUAUUUUUUAAUAGCAGAGAUUUUUUUUGUGUUUUUUUUUUUUGGCAUUAGAUGGAAAGGUGUUGCCUGGAAAACAACUGAAGAAAUAAUACAUUUUAUUGUCAUAUGGCCUUACAUACACAAAAGCUAAUUGUAUUGUGAUUCUGUUUGAACAAGAGACGAAGCUUUGAGGAGAAACAACACAAAAAAACUAAUAAAAUGGAAAAAAAAAAUACAACUCUUAAAGUUUCUAUGACCAGCCUCUUGUUCGAGUUCUAGUAUCCUGAAGGGUUUUGGAAUUAUUUUACUAGCACCUUGUGAAGUGUUUAUGUGUCAGUGAUGUAAUUUAUUAAUGUUUGUAGCUUUUUUAUACUUGUACAAUUCUUAAGAGUUUUGUUUUUGAAUAUUUCAUCAAGUUGUGAAAUUACCCUUUACGUUUUUUUUAUUAUUAUUUUGGAUGUGUGUAUUUUUUUUUUUUUUUUUGGAGGGGUGGGACAUCAAAACCAUUCAACACACUAGAGUCUACUUUAGCAAACUUUUUUUUUCUUUUUAUUAUAUCUCCAUCCUGUCCCAUUUCCAGUGUGACAUAAUUACUGUUAAUAUAAUAGUUCUAAGCAGCUGCGUCCAUGCCCCCAUCACACUUUUUUUUUUUUUUUUUUUUUUUUUUUUUACAUUUUGUUUAAUUCGGUCAGGACAUUUUUUGAGCACGUGCAGCAGCAGUGUUUCAUGUUCAUGUCAACAACAAAAAAAAGGUGACAUGCACUCCGAUCAAACUCUGUCAGUGGGACAUAUUUUCAGGUUUUUAUUUGUACAAUAUGUGUAUUGCUUUGUUGUGGUUUAUUUUUGUAUGUCCGACCUAUUAAAUGCAUCCACUGUGCCAGGACAGUGAAUGAUACCUGUUGUAGCUGUCUUCCCUUACUGUUAUUUACAGUACUAGUAAGUAUUUACAAUCCUUUUUGACCUGAAUCUAUAUUUUUCUGUAUUUAGAUGAUUCUGUUUGAGGUCAUGGCUCACUUUUUUAAAGACAUGGAGAAAUGGCAAACUCUGAGGAACAAACAUAUUGUUGUUGAAUGAUAUGAUUGUCCGCCUUGUUUACUUUUGCAAUACAGUUACUGUGGAAAACCUA